UGUGGGAUUAGGAAAUUAUGGGCAAAAUAAGAGUAACAAAACGAAAGAGAAAGCAAUAGAAAGGAGCAGAGAAGUGAGAAGGCAGUUGGAAAAAUAAACAGGACGGAGGGGAGGCGGGGGUCAAUUGGAGAACAACAGAGGUGAAAUAGAGGAGAGGCAGAGGGUAGAAAGAUGCUGAAGGAAGAGAGAGCUGAGAUGAAAUCCCAUAGCUGAGAGGGAGUAAGGGGACAGUGCGAGAAUAAACUGUCUAAUACACACAACAUGCUACAGGAACUCAGCAGACCAGGCAGUAUCGAUGGAGAGGAGUAAUUAGCUGUCAUUCUGAACCGAGACCCUUCAUCAGGACUGGGGAGGGUCUCCGCCUGAAACAUCGACUGUUUACUCUUUUCCAUAUCCGAGUUCCUACAGCAUUUUGUGUGUGUUACUUUGAUUUACAGCAUCUACAGAUUUUUUUCUUGUUUGUGCAUAAACAACUUGCAUAGUUUGCCAAUGAAGGGGGAAGAUAAUUUAGGAGGGGUAAUUUAGAAUUAAUUUAGAGAUAAUUUAGAUGGGGGAAGAUGAUUUAGGAGGGCAGGCAACAUAAGGGGACAGUAGGGAUGAAGAUAAUUUGAGGUGGAUGUGAGAUGAAUUGAAAAUCUAACACCAGUAAGAAGAGUGACCAAAAAAAAGGGGUCAGUAAGAGAGACUACAGUGGAGAUGAGGGUUAAAAGAGGAGGAUAUAGAAGAAGAUAAAGUGUACAUAGAGACUGGGUAGAAAGAAGAAAAGAAAAUACUGUUGGAAAAGGAAGGAUCAGGAGAAAGAGAAGAAGCAGGAUGGAAUCACUAGAGAAGAAAUUUGUACGCUACGCCCAAUCAAUCAAUUGUCUUAUGUGGUUCACAUAAAAUGCUGAAGGAACUCAGCAGGUCAGGCAGCAUCUAUGGAGGGGGCAUUUGUGGCGAGACUCUUCAUAAUGAAAUGUCCCCUCCAUAGAUGCUGUCUGACUUGCUGUUCCUCCAGUAUUUUGUGUGCAUUUACAGCAUCUGCAGAAUCUCUUGCAUUUGUGAAUUCUGUCUCAAACUUCUUUCCUAGUGCUGGUAGGAAAAGGAAUGUUGGAGGAAGAUAGGAUGAGAAAGUAAGGAAAUGUGGGCUCAGUGAAUUUGCGAGGUGUAACGUAAAUCUGUGGAGAGAGGUGAUAAAGGAAAAGAAUCCAUAAGCUAAAGACAGCAAAAUUGAAGGUGAGCAGCAAAUAAAACGGAUCGAGAAUGGAAAUGUGUUCAGAGAGGAGAAAUAAAUUGGAAAGAUGAAUGAAACUGGGGAGGCUGGGGGAGAAAUAUUUUUCGUAAAGUUUGCAGAAUGAUCCCUAAACCAAUUUUCCGCUUGAGAAGCACUAAGAAAUUUCCUUACUACUGGAGGAUUGGUCAGUUACACUGCACCUUCUAUUGAUGCAAGAUCUAGUUCAGAAUGCCUGGAAAUGUGCGAAAGUUAAGAGAUGAAGACACAAAUCCAUGUAUUGAGGAAGGUGAUGCCUCCAAGAAGUGCCUAGAAGCAAAUAACUACAACAAGAAUAUGUGCAGCUAUUACUUUCUGAGAUACAAGAUGUGUAGGAAAUUCUGGAAUGAUGUAACAGUGCAAAGAAGAAGGAGUGGUGUUAAACCUGAAAUGCCAACUGCCAAGGAAAGAAAAGAGAUUUUAGAAGACUAUCAAGAGAAGCCCUACUGAUUAUCCUGAAAAAUCAAUAAAUGUGAAUUAAAAACCAGA